AUGUCCAGUUUUGUGGGUGUUAUUGUUUCUGAUCCAUGGCUUCAAAGCCAAUUCACUCAAGUCGAGCUUCGAGGCCUUAAAACCAAAUUUGUUUCUGUGAGGGAUAAAUCUGGGAAGGUCGCAUUGGGAGAUUUGCCAGCAGUUAUGGUGAAACUGAAGGCAGUUAGUGAUUUGCUAACUCAAGAUGAGGUUAAGGAUAUCUUGAGUGAGUCGUUUUCUGACUUCGACCAAGAAAUUGACUUUGAAUCCUUCCUUCGGGCAUAUUUGAACUUACAAGCACGAGCCACAGCGAAAAUGGGUGAUUCCAAAACUUCAUCUUCGUUCCUCAAAGCAACCACAACUACACUUCGUCAUACCAUUAGUGAACCUGAGAAAUCUUCAUAUGUUUCACACAUCAAUAGCUUUCUUGGUGAAGAUUCAUUCUUAAAGAAGUAUCUACCCUUAGAUCCAGCAACCAAUGUUCUGUUUGACCUUGCAAAGGAUGGAGUCCUUUUAUGUAAACUUAUUAAUGUGGCUGUCCCUGGCACUAUAGACGAGCGAGCUAUCAAUACUAAGCAGGUAUUGAAUCCUUGGGAGAGGAACGAGAACCACACCCUGUGCCUUAAUUCUGCAAAGGCAAUUGGAUGCACUGUGGUGAACAUUGGCACUCAAGACCUAGUUGAAGCAAGACCCCAUCUGGUCCUCGGGCUGAUUUCUCAAAUAAUCAAGAUACAAUUGUUAGCUGAUCUCAAUCUGAAAAAGACUCCUCAACUUGUUGAGUUGGUGGAGGAUAGCAAGGAAGUGGAAGAGCUCAUGAGCUUAGCCCCUGAGAAGGUUCUCCUGAAAUGGAUGAAUUUUCAUCUGAAGAAGGCGGGAUAUAAGAAACAAGUUACAAAUUUUUCAUCUGAUCUCAAGGAUGGGAAAGCUUAUGCUCAUUUGCUCAAUGCUCUUGCUCCAGAACAAUGUACGACCACAACUCUAGAUGCUAAAGAUCCUACUGAAAGAGCGAAUUUGAUUCUUGAGCAAGCAGAGAAACUGAAUUGUAGAAGAUAUGUUACUUCAAAGGACAUCGUAGAGGGCUCACCGAACUUAAAUCUUGCAUUUGUUGCUCAGAUAUUCCAACACAGGAAUGGCCUAUCUGUGGACAAGUCGAAGCUUUCUUUUUCUGAGAUGAUGACGGAUGAUGCUCAAACUUCAAGGGAAGAGAGAUGCUUCCGGUUAUGGAUUAACAGCCUUGGAAUUGAUACAUAUGUUAAUAAUGUAUUUGAAGAUGUCAGGACAGGAUGGAUUCUCUUAGAAGUGCUUGAUAAAAUGUCCCCGGGGUCGGUAAAUUGGAAACAUGCUACAAAACCUCCUAUUAAGAUGCCUUUCAGGAAGGUUGAGAAUUGCAACCAAGUGAUAAGCAUUGGGAAGGAAUUGAACUUUUCCCUUGUGAAUGUUGCUGGAAAUGAUAUCGUGCAGGGAAACAAGAAGCUCAUUUUAGCAUUUUUAUGGCAGUUAAUGAGGUUUACUAUGCUCCAAUUGCUGAAAAACUUGAGAUCGCACUCCCAAGGAAAGGAGAUAACAGAUGGUGACAUACUAAAUUGGGCUAACGACAAAGUUAUAAAAUCAGGAAGAACAUCUGUAAUGGAGAGCUUUAAGGAUAAAAAUCUUUCAACUGGAGUUUUCUUCUUACAACUUCUGAGCGCUGUGGAGCCAAGGGUGGUUAAUUGGAGCCUUGUCACAAAAGGGGAAACUGAUGAGGAUAAGAAGUUAAAUGCAACAUAUAUAAUCAGCGUUGCUCGAAAGCUUGGGUGCUCUAUAUUUUUAUUGCCGGAGGACAUCAUGGAGGUGAACCAGAAAAUGAUCCUUAUCUUGACAGCAAGCAUAAUGUACUGGAGCCUGCAAAGAAAUGAUGCAGAAUCCGACUCAACUCCCACUGAAGAGGCAGAAUCCGGUGAUAUCUUUAAUUUGCCGAUUGAUGAUUCUGCCGCUUCCCCCACAGUUUAG